AUGACUCUCUUUGGCUAUGAUCAGGGCGUCUUUUCUGGCGUUGUCGUUAGUGACAACUUCCUUCAGCUGCAUGAUCUCGUUGGCCCCUCGAAGACCAAGAUCCUAUCAACAGUUGCGGCUAUCUACAAUGUCGGAUGCUUCAUUGGUGCCAUCGUAGCCUUCACCGUCGGCGAGAGACUGGGACGAAAGAAAAGUAUCCUACUAGGCACUGCCAUCAUGACCAUCGGAGUCAUCUUGGAGACUAGCUCAUUCAGUCUGGCACAAAUAUUCGUUGGACGCGUGAUUCUCGGGAUUGGUAACGGCAUCAACACUGCGGCCGCUCCUAUCUGGCAGACGGAGACUGCUCCUGCACGACUCAGAGGAAAGCUGGUCAUCCCGGAAAUGAUGACUAACGUUGGCGGAUUUAUGCUGGUAAAUUGGAUCAACUACGGAUUGAGCUUCGUGCCAGGAUCGAUCCAGUGGCGACUACCGUUAGCCCUGCAGUUCAUCUUCAUCGUCGUGUUGUUUGCUACAGUCCCAUGGCUUCCAGAAUCUCCGCGAUGGCUCAUUGCGCACGACCGAACAGAAGAAGCUAUACAGAUUCUGGCUGAUCUAGAGAACAAGUCCGUGGACCACGCAUACAUCAUCGCGCAGCACCAAGAGAUUGUAUACGGUGUUCAAUAUGAACGACAGCAUUCGAUCAAGUGGAGCGACCUCUUCCGUGGCCGGACCGAAGAUGGAACAAAAAGUGUCCGACGUCUGCUUCUUGGAGCAGGCACUCAAUUGAUGCAGCAGUUUGGAGGUAUCAACAUUUCCUCCUACUACGCGCCUACAAUCUACAUUACGUACGUCGGGUUGAGCAACUCUAUGGCUCGUCUGUUAUCAGCGUGUAACGCCGUCUCUUGUUUCGUCUUUGCCGGUUUUGCGGUGCUGUUCGUAGAAAGACUUGGUCGCAGAUCGUUGAUGCUAUUGUCCACAUUUUUGCAGCUCCUUGCGUUCCUUGGCAUCUCAAUCCUCCUCAAGUUUGCUAUAGCUAAUGGUAGUACCGCAUGUGCCGAAGCGUCGAUCUUCUUUUUCUUUUUUUAUAACAUCGCUUUUGCUGUUGGUAUGCUUGGUAUCAACAGUCUGCCGAUGCGUACUAAAGGCGCAGCGGUGGCGACGGCAACAAACUGGGUUACUAAUCUUGUCAUCGUUGAGAUCACACCUAUUGGUUUUCAGAACUUGGGCUGGAAGUUCUGGCCUAUCUGGGUAGUAACCAAUGCGUUAUCGAACCCAGGCCUGAUUGUAAUCAACGACAAAGAUGCCAUCUCCGGCAAAAGGCCUCUGAAGUACAUCGAGAGAGAGAACGAAGAAGUCCAGAAAGUAGAACAGCAGGAUACCAGAGCCAUUAAGAGAGGUAGUAAGUUGGGAUCAUCAGAUGAUGUUGAGGUUGAGCAUCGUGGGAUUGAAAAGCUGUAA